UUCACACAAGGUGAAAUGUAUGGAUUUUGUAACACUGGCACUAUUGAGUCAAAAAUGCAAUUAAUUACAUCAGGUUAUUAUAUCAAGUAAGGCCUUAAAAGAAUGCAGCAAUGUGAUUUUGGAUUAAGAUCCGAUAUUUUGCAGAUGAUCACAGCAGGAUCAGUGCUCAGUGAAUGUGUGGAUUUGCGUGACAGUGUGGGCAUGUGCACGUGUCUUGCAUGGUUUCUCUGACACAAGGUGUCAGUGAGUAUAGCGGGGUAAGGCAAGGUGACAGCAAGGCACAACCAACUGGACUUUGGGAUCAUUAUGGUCUAGCUCGCUAUAUAAACUGCAGGACAUCACAGGCUGAACACAAGCACUUGCUAACUGGAGCUGCAGAGACGCUCAGAAACAAUCAGGUCUGAGAGCCAUGAAGGUCCUUGUUGUGCUCGUCCUUGCCGUUUUCACCGGUUGUCAUGCCAACCUCUUCUAUGCCGAUGCACCAAAGACACAGCUGGAAGUGGUGACCGAUGCUUUCUGGGACUAUGUUGCCAAGGCCACCCAGACAGCUGAUGACACCCUCCAAGUGAUCAGGAAGUCUCAGUUUGGACAGGAUGUGAGCGCCCGUCUGACAGAGAGUGCCGACAUGGCCAGCACAUAUGCCGUCUCCCUCCAGGAGCAGCUUCCCCCUGCAGCCCAGGACCUGAUCACCAAAGUCACCACAGAGGCUGAUCUGCUGAGAGAGCGUGUCAACCAGGAGCUGAGCACAGUCAGGGACAGACUGGAGCCCCAGGCUGAGGAAAUCAAGGCCCGCAUUCUGCAGCGAGUGGAUCAGCUCAAGCAGGAGCUGACCACCUACGCAGACACCCUGGACUCCGAGGCCCUGAGGACCACCCUGACGCAGAAGAGCGAGGAGCUGAAGGCCAGCCUGGAGCAGAGUUUGCAGGAGCUGCAGGCCCAGAUGGGGCCCUACACCGAAGACAUGAAGCUGAACGUGGACCAGCACCUGCAGACCUUCAAGGAACGCGUGGUGCCCGUGGCUGAGAGGGUCCAGAGUGAGCUGACUCAGAGAGCCCAGCAGGUGAGAGACAUGGCCACCCCCUACGUUGAGGAGCUGAGAGAGAAGCUGGACCCCUACGCCCAGAACCUCCAGGCUCGUCUCACCACCCUCUACGAGUCCUUCAUCAAAACCAACUAAGUCAACCUUCACUGCACGUUAAACAGAAACAAACUGCAUCCCAGGAACAUGUUGUCAACAACGUCAAAGGUUCUGAAAGUGUAACAUAACUUUAGAUAUAUUUAAAGAAUAAAAAUAGAUUCAAAUACAUAUUCAGUGUUGGUCUGUGACCUCACACUGUGUUCUCUUCCUAUAUUAUGGAAAUAAAGCAAAUGCAAAAUUCAAA